AUGGCAGGCCGGCGCAAUCUCCUAUCUCUGGCCUGCAGGGCCGCGAACCACACUCACGGAGCGCAAAAUGGGACCUCUUUCCUCGAUUCCAUCCUCCCUGCUUCGAGACGGGCCAAAAGUACAAAUUCAACUUCAGCUCUGGCAUAUAAGGCUCUCCACAGGAGGUCACCUCUUCCACUCCCGGUUUCAGAUACAUCUCCACAGUACGGCGCUGCCGCAGCUGUAUCCUCUAUCCUCUACGAAACCCCGGUGGCUUCUCAAGCACCGCCCAAGAAACACAUUUUGAACUGCCUCGUGCAAAAUGAGCCCGGUGUUCUGUCUCGCGUGUCCGGGAUUCUAGCGGCCCGAGGAUUCAACAUCGACUCACUGGUCGUGUGUAACACCGAAGUAGAGGACCUGAGUCGGAUGACCAUCGUGUUGAAAGGACAAGAUGGUGUUGUUGAACAAGCUCGAAGGCAAUUAGAGGAUUUGGUACCUGUAUGGGCUGUGCUGGACUAUACGUCUGCCGCUUUGGUGCAGCGCGAGUUGCUACUUGCCAAAAUCUCUAUUCUGGGCCCCGAGGUCUAUGAAGAAUUGAUGGAGCACCAUCGCGAGAUGACCAGUCCCGACUCAGACCAAGGACCGGCUGAUGUGGAAAAUGCCGAGGAAAAUGCAGACAGGAGGUUGCAGGAAUUGGAAGCAAAUAGGCCUGAAGAAUCAUCUCUCGUGCAACGAGCCAAAGACAUGCUUGGUCAAGGUGCCAGCUACCAUCCCAGCCGUCUUGCUGCCAGUCAAGCGUUGCGACACAAGCAUGAACAUCUCGAAGCCAUUACCCAUCUGACUCACCAGUUCGGUGGAAAGGUCCUGGAUAUCAGCACGAACAACUGUAUUGUGGAACUGUCUGCGAAACCUAGCCGAAUCGAUUCCUUCAUGAAGCUGAUCUCCCCCUUUGGUAUUCUCGAGUCGACUAGGACGGGACUGAUGGCACUUCCUCGAUCACCCCUCUAUGAUCCAAAUGAUGAGCACGUGCGGGAGGCUGAUGAUGUGGUCGACGCUAGCACCCUUCCUCCUGGUUAG